UUUACUACAUUUUUAAUAUCAUAGAGAUUUUUUUUGCUAUUUUUCUUAUCACAGUGAUUUUUUAACCCACACAAGGUAUAACAACAUGAGCCUAUUAGUUCAUACAACUUCUCUUUUCUUCUACCUCUGCCUGUUGAUCUUUAACUACUCCGUUAAUGGCGAUAAGAUCAUUCCUUCGUCCUCUCUUCUCUCAUCCCCACAAUCCCACAAAAAUUCCCAAGUCUUUCAAUGUUAAGCACUUCUCAUCUCAUUCAAUUCCCAUUCAUUCCCAGCAAAUAAUCUCAAACCUACCGUCUGACCACCUCGUUAAUGAGCUCUCACGCCUUCUCAGCGACUACAGGAACCCCCAACACGACAUUGAAUCAGCACUCUCUCCAUUUGCUUCAAGACUCUCCACGAACUUAGUUGAACAAGUCUUGAAAAGGUGCAGAAAUCUUGGAUUUUCUGCUCACAGAUUCUUUAUUUGGGCUCAGAAAAUUCCGGGCUUUCGACACAGCAAAGAGAGUUACCACAUUCUUGUGGAUAUCUUGGGGAGCAGCAGACAGUUCCCGUUUUUGUGGGAUUUUCUGGUAGAGAUGAGCAAGACUGAAUCUUGUGAAAUUAGCCGACAAAUUUUCUGGAUUGUUUUCAGGGCUUACGGUAGAGCUAAUUUGCCUGGUGAUGCCAUAAGGGCUUUUAAUAGGAUGGUGGAUUUUGGGAUUAGGCCUUGCGUAGAUGAUCUUGAUCAGCUUUUGUAUGCGUUGUGUAAAAGGAAGCAUGUGAGGCAUGCUCAGGAAUUCUUUGACCGAGUUAAGGGUAGUGACUUGAGUCCAACUGUGAAAACUUACAGCAUUUUGAUGAGGGGUUGGGGUGACAUUGGUGAGUCUGGUGGUGCACAGAAACUUUUCGAUGAAGUGCUCGAAAGAGGGUGCAUGGUGGAUUUGCUUGCUUGGAAUAGUGUUCUUGACGCUUUAUGUAAAGGUGGGAAGGUGGAUGAAGCAUAUGAAUUGUUACGAGGGAUGAGGCACAAGGGGCUCGAGCCUGAUGCUUACUCGUUUUCAAUAUUCAUUCAUGCCUCUUGUGAUGCGAAUGAUCUUCAUUCAGCUUUUAGGGUCCUAGAUUCAAUGAAAAGGUACAACCUAGUGCCUAAUGUGUUUACCUAUAAUUGUAUUAUCAAGAAACUUUGCAAGAAUGAUAAGGUUGAUGAGGCGUAUGAGCUUCUGGAUGAGAUGAUCGAGAGAGGGGCUAAACCGGACACAUGGAGUUACAAUAGUAUUUUAGCUUACCAUUGUGAUCAUAAUGAAGUCAAUAAGGCUCUUAAGCUAAUUUCUCGAAUGGAUAGAGAUGCAUGCCAACCAGAUAAGCAUACAUAUAAUAUGGUACUUAAAAUGUUAAUUAGAAUAGGGAGGUUUGAUAGAGUUGAGAAAGUUUGGUAUUUGAUGGAAGAGAGAGGAUUUUAUCCUGCAGUCUCAACAUAUGCUGUCAUGAUUCAUGGACUUUGUAAGAAGAGAGGGAAACAUGAAGAAGCUUAUAAAUAUUUUGAAAUGAUGAUUGACGAUGGGAUACCGCCUUAUACUACAACCUGUGAAUUGUUGAGGAACAAACUCAUUGGACUAGGGUUUGCAGAGCAAGCAGAGAUACUUGCAGAUAAGAUGGAAAGAAGCACUUCUCAAUCAAUUCAAGAGGCAGCAAACUUGAUGAGAAGUAAUAGGGCACUUGUAGGAACGAGAACUGAAGAAGUAUUUUCUGAUGAAAGUGAUGAAUAAGUAAUCUUUUGAACAUAAUCUGGUAUAGUUAUAUUCAUACUUGAGAUGGUAUUUUGCCUUCCAUUUGCUGCCCCAUCCGUGGAAGUGUGGUUAAAGUCAUUUUGCAUAUCCUGCUCAAUCCCAUACGUUUAACCUCAAUUGCGAUGGCAGCAGGUUGUUAAUUCGAACAUAUGAUGGAGUACUUCCAUAUGGAGCAGUAUUGCUUAUAUAUGGCAAGAGUGGUGAAUUUAUUCUUAGGAAAAGGUCUAAAGCUUCUCUUUAUGGCAAAAGUCUCAGAGUCAUCAAAUGAGGUCCUUUAUCCUGCAGAACAUCUUCAAUCAGAAAGACAACUAAUCGAACCAUUCAGCUUCAUGGUAGUUCUCAAAUCCCAAUUGAUUCCAAGACUUCAGUUAAUCUGCAGGAAGAUGGAACCUGGAGUUAUCACAAUUAUGCAAGUUUUUUGUACAUACAACUCCAGUUGGUCUCUUGUUGUUGGUCCCCUUGUACUGGCUGAAUGGUGAUGAUGCAUAGAAGUUUAAUGAAGACAUAAUGAAUCUUGUAAUUUACUCUCUUUUUUGGGUUGGUGGCUUAUUCCAAGUUUAGGAAGUAAGACCACCGUUGUGAGGGUGUUCUUGGGGAAGCUUAUAUGUUAUAACCCUUCUGCCUUGGAAGAUCACAGGGUUCAUUGGACAUAAAUAAAUGACUGAAGUUUGGCAUCUAUUAGCUGUUGAGCUGCAUAGGGGCUCACUGAUUGAGUGCUCUUUCCUUGAAGAUGAACUCCUCUAAGUGAUCUCCAGAAAUUUUUUAGUUGAGGUGAAUUCGAAGAAGUUGUUCGAAUUGUGUAAUCGUCAAUUAUUUACACCGUAACCGACCUAAAGCAAUUUGAUUAUACAUCAACUCUUGACGAUCAUAAGUGGAAAGUUCAUAUUCUUCAGUCAUUGAUAAACUUUGGGAUGUAAAGAUAUACCCGCAGAGGUCUUUCUGUUAUAGAGGGCAGAGCUCUUCUUGAGGUAGUUUGCUGAGUUGGAGAGAUCCUUGGCAGAAACUGAACUAGCCAGAGCUUGUUUUGAGCUCGCGAUUGAUCAACCUGCACUAGACAUGCCAGAGCUGUUACAGAAGGCAUUCAGGUCAUUGUGUUGCCCUAAUGUAAAAGCUGUCUCUGGUCUCUCACUCUCAUGCUUGUUCACGCUCUGCUAUUUUGUAAGAACUAAGCUGGUCUCUUUUGAAAUAUAGCAAUGUAGCUCUACUGUAAAUUUGAUGGAUAGAAUGAAUGUGUAUUGUUCUUCUAUCUAUUACAGCAAAUUUUGUUUGAAAUAUCUGAAGCUGAAUAUGAAUACUAGAGCACUUUAUGAGAGGCUUUUGAACUGCACGAAACAUCUGAAGCUGUGGACUAGUUAUGCCAAGUCAGACAGUUUGCGAAAAGUGAUUAUGAACAAAAGAGAAAAUGCCUUCAGCGGGACAGAGCUGUAAUUGAAAGAGCCUUAGCUAGUUCAGAACUUCUGCCCAUGUACUGAAAGAGGAAAGGGCAAUACAAAAACUCAAAGUGCUUGGUGAUGUUACUCUGGUUCGUGCUAAGCUGCCAAAGAAACUCAAAAUUAGAAGGCAAAUUGAAACUGAGGAUGGUCCAGACGGAUACGAGCAGUAUAUCCAACCAUCUUUUCCUACAAGAAACGCAUUCAACAAAUAUGAAGAUUUUGGAAGCAACAUAUCUGUACCCUUCUGGUCUUGUAUGUCCGUAUCCGACUUGCCUGCUGUAUACAGGAAUCUAAAGUCUGAAUUGCUCUGUCAGUUUCUGGGUAAUUUAUUACUAUGUUGCUAUCGUGGUAAACAGCCACAGCUCAGCUUAGGUUCGGUUUGAUAUGCGAUGUUCAAACAAAAUCGAACUUGGAACAUCAGUUUCCCUCAAACUCAUGUAUCAGACAUUUAUAUAUGCUAUCUUCAUGUUAUCAUUUGUUA